AUGGCAGAAACUCCGAAGAGCCCCGCGAAGAAGGCCCCCGUGAAGAAGGCCCUAGCCGCCGUGAAGACCAAGUUCGACAUCUUCUGCGGCGAGGACAAGUGCCGCUUCCUGCCCGUGGCGGCCCCCGGGGCCCAGCCCUCUUCCCCGGGCCCCGGGGACCGGUCCCCAGGGCCCGCGGACGGCGACCACGGCUCAGCUCCUGACACCUACGAGGCCCUGGGGUCCGACAAGGUGGCUCGCAAUCUGGGCCAGAUCGCCACCAUGGGCGUGGGCGGCGCCCUGCGGCGGCCGGUGAAGUCCUUUCAGAUCCUGGGAGUUGACCAGUCAACGCUGGCGGCGUUGUCGUCCGCGGUGGGGCACACCGGAUCCACCUACCCCGAGAUCAUGGCCUUCCUGCGCAACCGGCACUACGAGGAGUGGAUGACUGAAGAAGAUCGGCGGCUGGGCUGGACGCGCGUGACGGUGAUCAUGAAGCGCGUCCAAGAUCCGAACAGCGCGAGGGAGGAGGAGGAGGAGGACGGGGGCUUGGGGAAGUCGGAGGCGUUCAUCCGGCGGCACAAGCCGCUGCCUUUGAGAGAGGUCGCCACGGAGCCGGCGCAGUCGUCCGCCUUCCCCAACCCGAUGGGGACCAGGACGAACACGCUGUGA